AACAAUUGCACGGGGCAUGCCCGCAAUGUCGCGCCUCUGCCGCAUCCUAUUUUUGAUAUACUGGAGUUCCAAUGCAGAAGCAUUGGAUGGGAGCGAUCUGGUUGAAGCCAGCUUGAAUGCAGAGGAGAACUGUGAUGCAACUGCAUCGCCUUGGACAUCCUGGUUGCAGCGCACAGCAAAGCGCAAAAGUCAGAGCGGAGAAUCUGCCACGCAGUCGGCACACAUCAACGCGUCCAGUGAUUUCUAUUGUGAUUCCCACACAGGGGGCAGCUGCAGAUUUUGGUCUUGCUCUGAGUCAAGGGGCCCUACUAUGUGUCGGUCAAACGAGUGCCGGUGCAAGCCUGGAUAUUGUGCCAGAGAUGGCGCUUGCACAAAGCGCACGGCCCAUAUUGCCGAUACAUGCAAUCGGCAAACUGGGGGAAGUUGCUCUGUAUUUGGCUGCUACUCCUACCGGGGUCCCGUGCAAUGUGCAGACGGCGCUUGUGUUUGCAAAGCAGGGUAUUGCACCGCGGAUGAUGGCACCUGCCACCAGCCAAAGCCGCCAAUCAGCGCGAGAGUUGCGCCAGUGCAUUUUGAUGCUCCUCAGUUUCCUGGGCCCCAGGCAACUAUUCGCACAGGUGUUUGCUUCAGUGGCGGCGGUUCGCGUGCAUUAUCAUUCACAUUGGGCGUUCUUCGGGCAUUGGAAAGCUUGAAGCUCAUUCCACAUGUGGACGCCAUUUCCAGCGUCUCUGGCGGUACCUGGGCGUCUGCUAUCUACAUGUUUGCCAAGGAUGUCAGCGUUGAGGAGUUGCUGGGGGAGGACACACACCCCAACGUGCUGACCAUGGCAAAGCUUAGAGAGGUUCCUGCCAGAUUGGGCGAUGUGGCCACGACAAACAUAGCGUCGAAGAUCUCUUCCAUGAUGUUUGUAUCAAAGGGUUCUACAAACCCACAUGAUAUGUGGAUUAAAUUGUAUGCCGAAGCUGUGCUGAAGCCAUUCGGCCUUGCCAAUAGGAGCCAGUACAUGGCGGCAAAUGAAGAGAGUCUGCAAAGUAUCCUUGAGCGGAAUCCUGGCCUAACUCGCGAGCAGUUCAUGGUGCCCAACCCCUUGAGGCCAAAGACGUUCAUCAUGGGCGGGACCAUGCUGGCGCCUUUGGGCUUGUCUGCGACAGAGGACAGCGCCGUGUCACUGCAGAUGUCACCUGACUUUACGGGCUCACCAUUCUAUCCAAAGGACAAACUGGUGACUUACGGUGGCGGAGACGGUCGAGAAUUUUUGGUUGGCGGUGGCUUCGUGGAAUCCUUUGCCUUCGGCGGCUCUGCGCCACUGUCUGCAGACGGCCAAAGGGGCGGAGGGGAUGUUCAGAUGGAGGCGCCCCCUACGGCCUUCAGCUUGGCAGAUGCCAUUGGAAUCAGCAGUGCAGCCUUUGCAUCAGUACUGCUCUCCGUGCCUAUUGCCGCCAAGUUAUUUGGGUACCAGGCAGAAGAGUUCCUGCCCGUCAAGGAUGUAUGGCCGGUCACAUCCAACAAGUUCCCAAAUUGGAGGGCUUCCCUGAAAUAUCAGCUCGGCGAUGGUGCUGAAGUUGACAACACUGGCAUGAUGGCCCUUUUGCAGCGGAAGGUGCCGAAGAUUGUUGCCGUUUUCGGCACGAAUCGACCGCUGGCAGAGGAUAUGGACUUCUGCUUGGACCUUUCGCAAAUAGAUCUCCGUGGCAAGGCCACAAAUGACUUGCUUGACAAGUUCGGCGUCACCAAGGAAGGUGUGGGCGAAUACCUGGUGUAUAACCAGGUGUUCCAUCUCGACGACUUGCACAAGCUCCUUUGCGAAUUCCAGAAGAAACUCAGAGCCGGUGAUCCCCUGGUCGUCCAGCAACGAUUGGAGGUGCUGGAGAAUGAAAAGUGGGGAAUCAAGGGCAACUGGCAUGUGAACAUGAUUUUUGUCUAUCUGCAUCGUAGCAAACGAUUCGACGUGAACUUGCCGCCAGAGACGUUGCAGGAAGUGGAGAAGGGUGGAUCAGGAGGCUUCGGCAACUGGCCGCACUUCAAAACGUCUCAUCAGAACUCCGGGAGUUUCACAUCAUACACACCAGCACAGGUCAACCUCCUGGCUGGAUUCGGAGAGUAUAUGGUUCGUUUCAAUGCCAACAUGUUUGAGCAGUUCUUCCAGCGCUGAUUUCAGAAUUGUCUGCCAUGCCAAGCCAAAGAGCUCAGGUUGCAUGUGCGUGUGUUGGGGCA